UCUACGUCAUGACGCCUCUUCCAGGAGAUCUGGUCGGAGAUACCAUCCUUUUCUACAACGAGUCCUCGUCUGACGGGUGCAUCCUCAGCAACAGCAACAACACAGGUCACGUCUUCAAUGAUACUAAGAAUACCACGUACGACCAUGGACUGAUGCCGCAGAAGCUGACUUGCUGCAAUAAAAUAAUAGCCGGACAUUGCGUCGAAGUUGUGACGAGAAGUAAUCCUCCAAACUCCAACGAAUACUUCGCGUACUGCGAGGCCAAAACCCGGUGCGAGGCCCUCGGCUUGCAGCUGGCAUCCUACGAGUUGCAGGCCAACCCCGACAUUCAGCAGUACGCCCUAAAUGAAACAGGCCAACUUG